AUGGUUCGCAGGUACCAAAGGAGCCAAAUUAGCCAUGCCUGCUGCGGAUACACAAAGCACGAGGCGAGAAAGUCUAGACCAUUCCCUCCACAGCUUCUCCAAGACUUUUUGGAGUUUUUGCGUGCUCGUCAGGCAAGGCGCGCACAAGGAGUGCCAGCAAAACUGAGACCACUCAGUAUCACUGAUGGCUGUAAAGCAAGGUCUACUCCGAGUGUGAACACAAAUCUAAAUGGCACACCAACAGUCCCACUCCCUCUAGGGCUUGGAGUAAUUCAAGUGCCGUCUGGAGCACAUCGUGCCGACGUGCGCUUUAACUGUGUGACGAACAGACUUCAGUCGGGACAUGUAACACACAACUUAGUCGUGAAUGUCGAUGUCAUAUUCAAUCCCGACUCAAAUGCCGCUGCAAAGAAUACCUCAAACGAGCCGAAGCCAAAGGACGAACCUGAUACCCAGUAG